UUUUUUUUUUCGCACAGUUUAAUCUCCCUUGAAUCCUGAACUUAUCAUUAUUAGCGCCGGAUAUUUUCGGCGAGAUUUACUUCCGCCAGCGCGAUUGUUAUCCUUUCCAUCCGGACGAUUAUUCUGCCCGCAAAAUGGACGUGCGCGAUAUUCCAGCGAACUGCAAGCGAUAAAAUGUAGAUCGACACAUCUCUCUUUACGUUUCUCGGGACAUUAUUCAACGGCUGCGAUCACGUGCGUCCCCUCGUGACUGUCUUCCUCUUCUGCCAGUGAACAUCUCCUUAUCGCGCGCGUGUGACGAAUCGAGAAUCGAACGAAUUCGUAUCGUCAAACGUCUCGCAAAGUGAAGGACAUCCUUGAGCGCGAUGAACAUCCCCGCCUCGUUUGGCUUGUAAUUGUGCGAGAUCGAGGAUAUUGUAAGACCGAGAAGAGGGAGAGGAGAGAAAGGAGAGGGCAGAGGAAAACCGCCGACAGGGCGGCCGUCGAGAGGGACGAGAGCAAAAUGAGGGCUCCGUUGCUCCUCUUGGGCGGCAUUGUUGUACUGUCGCUCGCGGUGGCGAGAGCUCUCGUGUGUGUGCUCGCCGCUGGAGUGCGACGUUCUCACCGACGAGGACUGCCCCGGAGGCCUCACCUGGGAUCCCUGCAGGUGUUGCAAAGUAUGUGCGCGUGUCGAAGGCGAACCUUGCGGCGGUCUCUUCGGUUUUUCGGGCAGCUGCGCCGUCGGUCUGCAAUGUGUAAUCACGAAUCUACUACCCCGCAGUCGAGAAAUGGACGAGGGCGUGUGCACGAAGAUCCCGGGCAGAUGGAGGAGGCAUUGUCCGCACGGGCCGAUGAUGUCGGGUCCCGGCUGCAACCUGGUCGGCGAGGGAACCGCGGCGGCCGAGACCGGAAAUGCAGCGACCGCCGGCAAAUGCGUUUGCGGUCCGUCGGUGCCGUGGUGCCCGGGUGAGCCGCGGCCCUACAUGUACACGACGCGGCACGAGUGCAAGCUCAAUUUGGAGGCGAAAAUUGCUUACGAUGACCUCUUUAAUUCUGGAGACACGCCGAACAGCGCUACCAUUGAGGAUCACAACGUUAUAUACUACAACUCCGCUGUUACGCAUCGUACCGGCACGUCGUUCGGCGAGUCGGCAGCGGCGGCGCGGAGCGAUUGGGAGCAGAUGGGCGAGGGAAAAGAAUCGAGACGGAACGGCGACUGGAAGGACGACGAGAGGACCACGGGCGGCACGCGGUUCACCAGCUGGACAGGAGGGAUCGCCGACGACUGUCCUCAGGAUAGCGUGCCGAACGAGAAGGACGGCGGUUGCAAAUGCGCGGAUUGUCCACCCCGCAAGUGUCGAUCGGGUCAACGGCCGGUGUUGGUGAGAGGCACGUUUUCCGGGACCCCCGGUAAUUGCUGUCCGCGCUACAACUGCGUUCCCUCAGAUCACCAUCACCGGAUUGAGUCAUCGUGUCCCGAGGACAGCGUUUUAACGGAUGACGGUACCUGCAAAUGCGUCCCGACGUGUCCACUGCCCAAAUGCCGACCGGGCCAACGGCCGAUUCAAGUAAGAGCAGCCAAACCCGAGACACCCGGUAGCUGCUGUCCCCUUCACGACUGCAGACCCUCAGAUCCGAUCUCGUGGGUGAAACCCGAGGAGAAGCCGCAAAACUGUAUUCAUGAGGGUGUCUCGAGAAGACUCGGCGAGGAGUGGAAGCAGAGCGACUGCAUCAUUUGCGUCUGCAACGAGGACGGAAUCGCGUCCUGUCAAACUACCAUGUGCAAGUCCUGCGAGAACGCGAUACCGCCCGAUCCCGGCGAGUGUUGUCCUCAUUGUCCACCACCGACCAACAGUAGCACCGACUUGGAUCAUCAUUCUGAUAGCGAGUCUUGCGAAACGUCAUUGGACGAUUGCAAGAUGAAGUGCUAUCACGGUUUCCGCACGGACAAGAAUAACUGCCCGAUUUGCGAGUGCGCCGACGAUUUGGAGGUCGACCUCGUGCCGGAUGUGCUGCCGGAGGAUUACAAAGUUUGCCCGGAACUGCCGCACUGUGGACUAAACUGCGACCUCGUCAAGGACGAGGACGGUUGCACGGUGUGCGCCUGUCAGACGCCGCCGCUGCGUUAUUAUCCGCCAACGAACGACACCGCCCCGGACGCGACAAACGACAAGAGGAUCUGUCCCGAGGUCAAAUGCGAUCUUCACUGCGAACGCGGUCUCGUCAUGGACGAGAACGAUUGCACUUUCUGCGAAUGCAAGCCGUCCACCGCCGGCUGCCCGCCGCUUGUCGGAUGCAGGAAAAGAUGCAGCUUCGGUUACAAAACGAACAAACGCGGCUGUCCCAUAUGCCGCUGUCAAGCUUCGUGCAUGGACCAUUUGAACGAGACGCAUCCGGAGGGAUCGACUUGGCAUCCGAACAGCUGCACCACGUGUACUUGCGAGACCGGCGGACGACUUAAUUGCAAAGAAACCAUCUGCUCGGUGGCCUGCAGUAAUCCGCUACCACCGAUACCAGGCACUUGUUGCCCAGUGUGUCCGAUCACGACGAUCAAGAAGAAUGACACAAUUAAUCAGAUCACUAGCCGAGGUUGGGGCACAGUACCGAUUACGUUAAUCGUCGUACUCGCAUUACUGUGCCUACUGCUGAUAAUCCACAUCGUGCGCAAUCGUUUCCGUGGCCGUCUGUCACCUUCGGAGGCCUCAUACGCGUCGUAUCCACCGCAAUAUUACAAGUGUGUGCCCGCCUAUGACACCCCGGUUCAUCGGAACGAGAAGAUCGUACCUUUGUAAAAGACUGUUGUGUUGAUUCCCAAAGAGAGCGCGCGAUUAUCGACAAACACAAUUUUGCGAUUAUACGCGCAAAUACAAGCGAUUCGCUAACUGUUUCAUAUAUACCCGAUCGUCGACAAGAUUCGGCGACCUGGGACUUUACGAUCGCUAUUACACGAUAUUAACUCUUAAACAAUGGACCUUUUAUUUGCAAAUUAUAUUGUAAAUUAUAAUUUAUUGUUCAUAGACAAAAAAAUACGAUAAAAUAUGUAAAAAAUCAUAGAAUUUUCUCCAAAAAAUCUUUUUAAAAAUUAUACAACUCCAUCAAGUCAGAAUUUCAAGUUUGAGAUAAAUUAUUCUACAUGAUGAAUAGAUAAAAUGCCUUUAAGAGUUAAUAGCAGUGAAUGAUUUAUAACUCAUCGAGAUAGUUUAUUAGCAGACGUAAAUCUGUUAUUAACAUCACGCUAAUUUAAGGAUAAAACGAAUAUCAGAGGAAAAUCAAAUGUCGCGCAUGAAAUAUUGCAUAAUUCUCUCUCUUUGGGUCCGGCUGAAAAUACUUUACGUAGAUUCAGUAUUAUCUGUAAGCGGCAGUGAGUGUGUGUUACGAACUUUAAAAAAGAGAAGAAGAAAGAAGGAGAUGAGAGAGAAUCGCCAAUUCGAACCAAAUUCAUAAAAUGUAUUUGCCGAGUCCUCUUGAAUCUUAACUUCAAAUAACACGCACCGUAUAACUUGUAAAUUAUAAUUAAAACUGUAGCGUAAUUACGGUUAAUUAAUAUAGAUAUAAAUGUAUUAAUGUUAAUCCAUCGUAGGGCACUCUAACUUAAAAAAAAAAAAAUCGUAAAAGAGACAAGUCUUCACCGUAGUAUUAGUUCCCUUGAUCUCUGGACCAUCAUUAUUAUCUCGGGUUAAUGAACGUUUAUAUGAAAAAAAAAAAGUAUUCCUUUUUCCUUUUUUUACAUGCGGAUAUUAAAAUUCAUAACAAUCCGAAGCGAUUAUCAAAUCAUGUCUUUUAAGAGAUAAAAAUAAUCUUUUUCUAUUAUUUUUAUAAUUUUUAUUAUAUUAUAUAUUACGAAAAUUUAUAUUAUUAUCAAAAAUCUUUUUACGUCAUGGUAGCAUCAUUUUGUUUUUCAUACAUUUUUGUAAUAUAUAUUUUGCUUUUUAUGCGAUAUUAAUUCUAUUAAUUUAAGAUUUAUUUAAAUCACCUUGCGACGGUUGAUUUGUGAGAACAAGUUUAUAGACUUAAUCGUAGGUUAGCUGUUAACAACUGUGUUAUUAGACUGUUCCUAUAUGUUUUACCUUUUAUUAUUAAUAUAAAGUUUCUCGUAAAAUAAAAUUAAGUCGAAAAUUAAAGUCUCCCUUUUAUCACUAAUAUAAGUCUUGCUCGCUGCGAGUACAACAUGUAAUAUUUAUAUCUAAUGAGAAUUCCUAAUUGCGUCUUAUUUGCGCGGAAUGAAGCACCUUGCGAAGGGAUGAAGUAGGUACGUGUACAUAUACCGUAAAAGUUUAGAUUAAGAUGAAACUGAAGCGAUGCUGAAAGCUCUCGUUUCCUUCGAAACUCUGUCGCGAUCGACUUUAAGAUUUGCGCUCGGUGCGACGUGAGCAGCAGAUAUCCCGGUGCGCGGAUCACGAUAGCGUUACAUAAUACACGAUUACGUUCCGUAACUUCUCGGUUGCUUGUACAUACACACCCGGAAGUUUGUUUCUCCGGUGGCUUGCGAAUUCUCGGGUGGCGAACUCGAAUUAUUUUCAGAUGCUAACUAACCAAGCUUAGAUAGACGCAUCUCUCUUGUUCAUACAUAUUUCACGCUAUGAUGGAACAUGCGGCAACAACACAGUAAUGAUAUAACGUAAUACACGCAACGUGAGCUUAUAAAAUGUGGAGAUAAGAAUGAAUACGAUAAAUGAAAUUGCGAGAGACGAGAAUCGAAAAUAGUCGGCGAAAUCAAACGAGCAUUCUCAUUGACGAGGAUAAAAUGGAAGAAAUUUAAACGUGAUUUGAAAUUCGAAAAUUACGUAUUCAUUUAACGAAAGAAUUACUAAUAUUUUGAACGAACAACCGGUUCCCCGCCAAUGAACCAUACAUAUCCAUGUGCUUAUACAAACGCACGUAGCUUUUCUUCAUUCUUAAUUAAAACACAUACAUAUAUUUUUUCAAUGUGACUUGUCUUAUAUAUCUCGUAUGUAUAAUCGUAUAGCCUAUACAUUAGACUUAUUUAUACGUACACGUGUAAUCGUGCAAACAACCCAUGCGCGCAUAACAUACAUUUACUGUCUAUAAACCACAGGCUGUAUUUCCACACGUGUGUGUAUGUACUUCGGAGACAAUAUAUACGUAGUAUACCGACGAGAUAGAGAGACCCGGAUAGCGUAUAUAAGGAUGAUUUCUUUUCUUGUUGUAUUGUAUACAAUAUGCACGUCGGCAGUAACAAUAACAAUUAAUGAUAACAAUAGAAUAAUAAUAUAAUUUAGCACAUAUGCGCGCGGUUCUUGACGAUGAAUCCAAUUCAUAACGGAUAGUGUAUACAAUAAAAUUUGUGAUAGACGAUAAUCGGACCUUUGUAUGCGCGCUUUGCAAAAAGAAUUUGUGAUUUUUCCGAGAAAUUUUGUAACAUAUGAAUGCUCACAGAUUGUGAUCUACUGUUGCGAUGCCGUAUUCGAUUUAUUUAUGAUUUCCUGUUUCAACUUUCCGAUAAAAAAUAUGAUUAAAACAAUUGUAUUGAAAAAAAAAAUUAAAAGGAUUAAAUUUGGCCUGCUUUUUUUAUCGGGCUUGUUUUCCUAAAAAGUGAGACAAGUCGCGCUUGUAUUUGUGGUAAGAAUUUAAAAGGAACGCGAAUGUCACGUUGUGACAUUAAUCGCGAUUUUAUCGAUAUGAAAUCUUCCCUUUAAAAUUGAGGUAAAAUUACACAAUUAUUGUAAUUUAUAUAAUUGAGACAAAAAUAAAAUAUAUUUCCUUCAUCUUCUAAAAAGAUUGAAAUACGUCAUAUUUAUAGAAAAUUUGUAAUUAAAACAUUACAUACAAUAUAUAUGAUGGGAACAUAUUUUAUAUCCCGCGCUAUAGAUAUCCAAUUAUUCGUAUCGCAAGAAAACAGAGCCUAAUGUAUAGGGUGUCCCGAGAAAGAUGUACAGAAUAGUCUAAGAGGCAGAUUUUUUAUUAUUUUGAUAAAGAAAAUAUGUAGAACAUCCCUAAACUAUCGAAUGAGUAGUAGAUUUCUUGGCCAAUUUGAAGUCCAUUUUUUCUCAAUAAAAAUAUCAAAAAAGGGAAUUAUUUUUGCAAGAUUCUCAUUAUUUUUUAAUUAUAUAUAUCUUUAUAAAUAAAUCUGAAAUUUAAAUUAUAUUAAAAUAAAUUACACUUGAAAAUAACUGAAGAAUGUAAUUUUGAUAAUCUUUUUUAGCUUCACAAAACUUGGUUUAUGAAAAAUCCUUUUUUUUAAAUCAUUUUGUUAACAGUUUUAUCUGCAUAAUUGGAAAAUUAUUGAUACUUUAUUUUUAAAAAAUGUCUUCAAAUUGGUCAGAGAAUUUGCUAUUAAAAGGAAAUCCGGUGGUUUCCGCUAUUAUUUCGUAUAUGUUUAUAAAUUUCUAGAAUCAAUUUUAUCUCUCAGCGAAAAUUUAAAACAACGUGUUAUAUCUUGAACGUUUUAAUCAAUAACGUUUUUUCAAUAUUUUAUUAAAUAUGUAUUAUUUUAAUUAAAUAUUUGAAAUGAAUGGCACGAUCAAAAGCAUUUUAAUUUUAAAAUACGCUGAGAGUAUUUUUCUCAUACAUUUAAUUUUUCAAUUAUAACAUACAAAUAAGAGGUUUAGAAAAAUAAAACUGCUGUGUACACUAUUCGUAAGCACUUUUUCGUAGUUAUCUAUAUGCGUAUAGCAGGACACGAGAACGAUUAUCGAGAUACACUAGAAAGUAGAUGAAAGAAACUAACAGUUUUUGGAAUCAAACCGAUUUUUGAAUGCAGUUACGAACAAAUCGAGUAGUGUGUUGUACUUGUGCGCUCUUUGUACAAAAAAAAAAAAAUCCUUGUAACUGAUCAUAUCAGUGUAUAACUUAGAUUUACCUAUAACAUAUACGUAUUAUACAACUGGAUGCGCAAUGUUGUGAAAUAGCUCUUGUAUGUUAAAUAAACCGAGAUUAUAAAUAAAAUUGUUAAUAUGUGAA